CUUAACUGGCUUGAGAAUGUUCGUCUAUUGCAAGCAAGAGGGUGAAGUAUGGAGUGACCUGUGAUAAAAAUCUCCCACAGCAGCUUUUGAAUAACUGAAUGGAGCACAGUGAUGGUCGUCAUGGUGAUGGUGUACCGAUGGUUUAGUAGAACUGACCAGAACUUGCCGCCAUGUCCGGUCAGACCACUGCCUGUAGUUGGUCAUCUGUUGUCUCUGGACAAAGACCCCAGGGAACAGUACAAGAGAUGGAGGAAGCAGUGUGGGGACAUCUUCAGCCUGUAUCUUGGUGAGAAACUGAUGGUCGUUCUGAACGGAUAUGACGUCAUCUAUGAAGCUUUGGUUACCAGGGGAGAUGAAUUUUCGGACAGGCCCCGGAUGUUUGUUCACGAAGCAAGCGGAUCCAGCUACACAGACAAAGGUUUCGCCUUUCUCUCAGGGAACCUGUGGAGGGAGAACCGGGCGACGUCGAUGCGACUGUUGAAACAGCUCGGCAUGGGAAGGAACAUCAUGGCAGAGAAAAUACAAGAGGAGGUCAGUUCUUACCUCACAGCUUUAUCUCACCUGCAAGGACAACCGACUGACAUUAGGGACUUGACAUAUGCCAGCGUUUCAAAUGUCACCUGUUCGUUGAUGUUCGGUCACAGGUUUGAUUACGACGACGUAGAAUUCCAGCGAUUGCUCAGUCUAAUGAGGGACGUCAUGUCUAACGUGCAGAUGAACUCCCUUUUAAAUUUUAUUCCGUUGCUGAAGUUUGUUCCGGGGGAUUUUUUGAUGACUCGAAAUACUACUUUCGCCCUACGUGAAAUAAUUAACUUUGUUAAAUCGUAUGUUGACAAACACAAAGAAAGUACAUACAAGCAUAACAGUGAAGCUUCGGAAAAUUUCAUCUCAGCUUACUUUAAAAACAGAGAUUUAAUAAAAACGUGCAGUGAGUUGUUUUUUGGAGGAACAGAAACUGUAGCUCAGACGAUCGCGUGGUGUGUCCUGUGUAUUGUCAACUACCCGGAUGUACAAGAGAAGAUCCACCUCGAGAUCAAGGAACAGAUCGGGGCUCUGCGCAUGCCAAACAUCCAGGACAAAACGAGGCUGCCUUAUCUAGUUGCCGUCAUCAAUGAGACGGUUCGACUUUCAAGUAUUUUACCUUUUGCCGUGCCACGCUCGUGCUCCACAGACACGGAAAUUUCCGGUUACAAAAUCCCCAAAGGUUCCUACAUUUGUCCAAACUUAUCCUCUGUUUUACAUGACGAAAAGAUCUGGGGCGAUAACGUUAUGACCUUUCAUCCUGAGAGAUUCCUGGAGCAUGACGGGAAACUGAAAAAGAUUGAAGAGUUUGUCCCAUUCUCUCUCGGUCCACGGAAUUGUUUUGGAGUCUCCCAGGCCAAGAUGGAACUGUUCCUCUUUCUCUCUGCAAUGUUUCAACGCUUUGAGUUCCGGUCACAUGACCCGGUCCGUAAACCUUCUAUGGUGAGUGUGCCAGGGUUCACCUCGUCUCCUUGACCUUUCAAGGUCAUUGU